CGGCUGGGGGGAAGGAGACGUCAUCUUUGAAGAACAAAUGCAGGGUCCUGUUCGGCAUUCUCACGGGGAUGACGACAGCGCAGAUCCACCAGCACUACGGUACCAACCACAAGAUGAUCGAGGACAUGGCCCGCGCUCUCGACCUGGCCCGCAAGCAGUGCGUAGAGAAGUACGAGACGGACAUCGCGCGCGGCGGCGGCAAGAAGUGGGCGGGCGCGGAAGCUUGCGAGUCAGUCUUCGCCACGGCGGCCGCGGAAGACAAGGGGGCGAACAAGUGGGGGCAGUGGGCCGGGGUCGCGCAGAGGGGCAAGCCAGACACGCCCGUCUUUUUCAAGGCGGAGUCGGACCGCCCCGCCACGAACGCACCUGGCCCAGGCGCAACCAAGAAGAGCGACUGGAAGUCGUUCCUCCUAAGCCGCCUCAAGGAUCGCACAGUGAUCCUGCACUCGGACGGCGCCGGGAGCUACGAGGCGAGGGCCCCCAGCUUGCCCCGCGACGCAGCGACCCGCUGCCGGGGGAGCACUGGCAUCGCGGUCAGGAUCUCCGGGCUGCCGCGGGCGCGUUUCGCGGGCCCGCUGCGGGUGUCGGGCGACCCCGCAGUGGGCGAUGCCAUCGUCCGCGAAUACCGCUGCUUCGAUGCGGUGGCGGAGUGCAUCCGCCACGAUGACCGCGACCGCACGUGCACCGCGGCGCUCGCCUUCCCCGACUACCCGCGCUUGCGCGACGCGGCGGAGGUCGAGUGGCCCACCACGUGGAACAGGAUGGGCUGGAUCGCCCAGCAGUCGCUCGGCCUACCCCCCCGCCGCGCAGCGGUCUUUGACGCGGGACGCUCGCCCGCGCGCGCGGCCAAUGAUGCGGGGGCGAUCGGGCCGAUCUCGGCGGCGGAGAUCGAUCGGCGAUCGCGGUGCUAG